AUGGUUGCUGCCACUAAUUGGGUUUUUCACGCCGACGUGAAUGAAACACAGUUAAAAGCUUUGCAAGGUGCCAUUGCGAGCAUAAGGGAGGAACUAUGUGAUUCAGAGGUAGAGUGUCGAUUACUUUCUGAGCAGAAUUGUAUUGUGGCUUGCGAGAAGGCUGCUUUGGAAGAUCAUGUGGCCACUUUGGAGGUCCAAAUAAAGAAACUCAAAAGUCAAAUGCUAGAGAAGGGGGUGGUUCACGUAAUUAAUAAAGUUAUCGAGAGCACAAAAUUUUCCAGUGAGAUCCAAGGUGUUCGUAAGGCGUGUGGCGUCCUUGGGUUCGAGAAGGGGAAACAACUAGGUGGUUGUUCCACCAUUUCCGAUGAAUUUGAAGCCCUAGAUCCUGUCCGUUUCGCAAGAAGGGACGAAGAGGUGGAUAUUGCUCUAACGUCCCUUGCUGAGAUAGAUUUUGCGGGCCUCUUUCAUCCGGGGAGCUAG